AUGUCGUACCUGCAGCGGUCUGUGUCGUGGCUGGUCCAGCUAUGGUUCCGUCGCUGGUUCGGUCUGGUCACUCUGUUCUGUCUGUACUAUUACCACGUCCGAUUGGACAAAGACAUGCGCUGUUCGUGUGAGUCCCAGACCAAGGACUGCCGGGUCUACCUCGUGGUUCCGGCUCUGAUCCUGACUGUGCUGCAGCUCUGGGUGGACCUGGUCUUUGGCCGUGGCCUGAAGUUUGUGUGUGGAGGAACCAGAGGUAAGUCUGUCAAAAGCAUCACCCUCAACAUCACCCCCAAAAUCACCCUUAACACCACCCUCAACAUCAGCCUCAACAUCACCUGUCACCCCCAACCUCACCCUCAACAUCACAUGUCACCCCCAACAUCACGCUCAACAGCACCCCCAACAUCACCCCCAACCUCACCCUCAACAUCACCUGUCGCCCCCAACAUCACCCUCAACAUAACCCUUAACAUCACCCUCAACAUAACCCUUAACAUCACCCUCAACAUCACCUGUCACCCCCAACAUCACCCUCAACAUCACAUGUCACCCCCAACAUCACCCUCAACAUCACCCCCAAAAUCACCCUCAACAUCAGCCUCAACAUCACCCCCAACAUCACCCUCAACAUCAACCUCAACAUCACCCCCAACAUCACCCUCAACAUCACCCCAAAAAUCACCCCCAACACCACCCUCAACAUCACCCCCAACAUCACCCCCAACCUCACCCUCAACAUCACCUGUCACCUCCAACAGAACCCUCAACAUAACCCUUAACAUCACCCUCAACAUCACCUGUCACCCCCAACCUCACCCUCAACAUCACCCCCAACAUCACCCCCAACAUCACCCUCAACAUAACCCUCAACAUCAGCCUCAACAUAACCCUCAACAUCAGCCUCAACAUCACCCCAACAUCACCCCCAACAUCACCCUCAACAUCACCCCCAACAUCACCCUCAACAUCAACCUCAACAUCACCCCCAACAUCACCCUUAACAUCACCCCAAAAACCAUCCCCAACACCACCCACAACAUCACCCCCAACAUCACCCUCAGCAUCACCCUCAACAUCACCCCCAAAAUCACCCUCAACAUCAGCCUCAACAUCACCUGUCACCCCCAACCUCACCCUCAACAUCACAUGUCACCCCCAACAUCACGCUCAACAUCACCCCCAACCUCACCCUCAACAUCACCUGUCACCCCCAACAUCACCCUCAACAUCACCUAUCACCCCCAACAUCACCCUCAACAUUACAUGUCACCCCCAACAUCACCCUCAACAUCACAUUUCACCCCCAACAUCACGCGCAACAGCACCCCCAACAUCACCCUCAACAUCACCCCCAAAAUCACCCUCAACAUCAGCCUCAACAUCACCCCCAACAUCACAUGUCACCCCCAACAUCACAUGUCACCCCCAACAUCACGCUCAACAGCACCCCCAACCUCACCCUCAACAUCACCUGUCACCUCCAACAGCACCCUCAACAUAACCCUUAACAUGACCCUCAACAUCACCUGUCACCCCCAACCUCACCCUCAACAUCACCCCCAACAUCACCCCCAACAUCAGCCUCAACAUCACCCCAACAUCACCCCCAACAUCACCCUCAACAUCACCCUCAACAUCAGCCUCAACAUCACCCCCAACAUCACCCCUCAACAUCAACCUCAACAUCACCCCCAACAUCACCCUCAACAUCACCCCAAAAAAUCACCCCCAACACCACCCUCAACAUCACCCCCAACAUCACCCUCAACACCACCCCCAACAUCACCCUCAACAUCACCCCCAACAUCGCUGGAUUCAUCUGCAUAUCUGGCACCCUCAGUCGGGGAGGCUGCAUCGGUUCUGUUGGACGGGGACUGGUACUACUGCUGUGGAAGGGGAAACCUCCGGUGCCGACGCUACUUCCCCAGUGAGACCAGACCGGACUCUGACGAGAUCCGCAACGAGUCCCAGACAUGUCCAGUCCCAGCUCCUAAUCCCGUCCUGCUCUUGGACCUGCCGCCUGCGUUCAGUCCCGUGCCCGGAGCAGCAGCAGCGAUGGCGGCUGGAGUGGCCACGUGGCUCCCCUUUGCCCGGGCGGCCGCGGUGGGAUGGCUGCCUCUGGCCAAGAAGUCCAUGCCCAAACCUCCGGUGGACAACUCCUCCAAGUCUGACGAGAUCUUGUACGUUAACGUCAGUGGAGUGCGAUUCCAGACGUGGAAGAACACCCUGGACCGGUAUCCUGACACUCUUUUGGGCUCAUCCGAGAAGGAGUUCUUCUUUAACGAGGAAACUCAGGAGUACUUUUUUGACCGGGAUAAUGAGAUGUUCCGGCACAUUCUCAACUUUUAUCGAACAGGAAAACUUCACUAUCCACGCCACGAGUGCAUCCAGGCCUUCGAUGAGGAGCUGGCUUUCUACGGCAUCGUACCAGAGAUCAUCGGAGACUGCUGCAUGGAGGAAUACCGGGACCGUAAGAAGGAGAACCAGGAGCGUCUGGCCGAGGACACGGAGGCCACGGAGGGAGCCGACGCCCCGCUGCCCCCGGACAGCACCCAGAGAGAGCGCCUCUGGAGGGCCUUCGAGAACCCCCACACCUCCACCAUGGCCCUGGUCUUCUACUACGUCACCGGCUUCUUCAUCGCUGUGUCCGUCAUCGCCAACAUCGUGGAGACCGUGCCGUGCCGACCCAUCAAGGGCAGCGUCAAGGAUCUACCAUGUGGGGAGAAGUACCAGGUAUACAAUAGUUACCAGUUAACACUAAUGUCCCCGAUGGUCCCCACUCAGCUGGUAGUGCUCAGCUUCCAGAGACAUGCAGCCUCCAGUGUCGGAGAGUAA